AAUGAUAAAAUCGUUGUAGUGAAACAAAUUCCAGGAUGGUUUGAAUACAAGCCCAGAGUUCUUGGUGUAGAUCUAAAAUCAAAUUCCAGCUUUUGUAACCCAACCAAAAUGUUGGUGCUCAGCUUUUGUAAACUGACUCUACUCGUUUUACAUUUGCACACAGUGGCCCCAUUACCAGAAAUUAUCAAAAUAGGAGGAUUGUUUGAUGUAAGUGAUGAGAUGAAAGGAAAUGGAAAACAAGAAACUGCGUUCAG